AUGGAUGGUUGUACAGCACUUGUAAAACGAAUGCCUCGUCAUCUUAAGAAAGUUCACAAACUACUUCUCGAUUCUGUUGAAUUCAAGGCCGCAUUGUCAAGGGUGCGACGACUAGUCAGUGAUUCACCCCGGCGACGUUAUCAUGAAAGGCGGAGCAACCUUGGGAAAGACAAGGGUGAAUCUUCUGUGAGUGUUGAGGCCCUUGAAGACAAUGAAGAUGAAAUAGACGUCCGUAGAAGAAGUUCGCAUAGGCGUGUCAAGAUUCUUGACGACAGCGAAAGCGAAAGUGAGCAAGUGAACAUAGAAGUAUUCACACAAGAGUUGUGGAGAUUG